AUGCCACGAUACCAGACCACACAGACUGUUAUCCGCGGCACUGCACUGGCAGAUGCAGAGCGCACACAAGCGAGCACAGACAUUAUGUACGGCGUCACUCCGAUGCACGCCACAAACGAAGCUUCCUGCGCGCCAGGUUCACGAGCAACUCACCCUGCGCGUUACCGACAACUGCGCCCGUUGACGCACCUGUUGUCAGCGCAUCGAAGGACCCCGCCUUCUCACUAUCCUAAUGUGAAGAGGGUCACCAGACUGAGGCUACCGAUCCGCGCAGAGCACCCGCGGUCGCGGAUGACCAGUGGCCGGCUGCCCGUGCAAGAGGAGAUGGAUUCCAAGCGCGAGAUUCAAUGUCCUAAAAACGUCAACGAGAAUCCCUCCGUCUUCUGCGAGAGGAUACAGGAACACCUUACAGCCAAAUGCCACUCGGCUUCCGGUACUCAUAGUGGGUAUCCUCCUCUCGACGCCCGGCCGGAUGUCACUCAGAAUACCGACGGCGGUGACCCCGCCCUUUCCCAACCCUCCCCCGCAUUUACUUGCCCUUGUGUAGCAACGUAUCGUUGCCAGAAGGAACACGGCCUGGCACUCCAGGAUAUCUAUCUACCCACAGAUUUCUCUCGCACUAUCGAGCUUAACACACGCGCAAAAAGAGGGGUUUGUGGGGUUUUCGACUUCCACUGGAGAAUAACAAUACCACCGUUCCCCGCCUUCGAUAAUGACUCACCGGAUAUGCGGCGGGAGGAGACAAGUUGGGCCGAGUGGCAGAUGGUGGAACCGUCGAGUGUGCAAACAGCGCCGUUACUGAGCUACGAAAGAGGCAGCGGCGAGUGCCGCCGGACAACGCCGAGCGUCCAGCGCAACGCUGCCCAGUGCCUGCACUCAGAUCCCGCUCCACGAACGCCUUCGAGCCCCGCGGAGUGGGCACAACGCGUCCUCGCGCAGCUGCAAAGCAGAUACGCGCAGUAUCAGGACUUGUGUACUGUACUCGAAAAUCGACAGCAUAUCUCGGCAGCACACGAGUACUAUGGCAGGGCCUUGGCCAACGCUGGCAUGAUGCCUCGGAGCUCUGCAGCAUAUGGGAUGUUCUCAAGCCUCCCGCAGGACAAUGAGCGAGGGCAGGGAAAGUCACAGCUCCGUGUGGACUCUAGAGCCUGGCCCAUGCGCUGCGGCCCGAUGCCUUGCAGAGGUGGACAAAAGAAUGUGGCAGGAGGCGCCUCCCUCUCUCCAGCCUUCAUCCACGCACCACUCAUCUUACCACAACUGCCCACAUCGGCAUCGCGCGUCGAUGGUCUUACACAUCCCCGCAAUUAUGCGGGACCAGCGCCGUUCAACGCACAAGCGAGCACAGACAUUAUUUCUCCGCGAACGACGUGCCCGAUCUGUCGCAAGGCAGAGUCAAGCAACGGGCCCGCGGCUCGUGCGCCCGACAGGGACAAACGCGCAGCAGAACCGGAGACACGGUCGCCUGGUGCGUGCCUCUCAGGCAGCGGGUGCGCCGUUCCCGAGUGCGAGACGCGCCUGACGACCUCGAGAGUUGUAGACAUACGUCUGUUCGUAUCGCAACAGGGAAAACGUCAGCACAGCUCCGAAUCAAAUGGCCUGUCUAUCCAGCCCUUAUCAGCAGCCGGUCGAUCCGGGAUCCCUGUAAGACUACCCGGGCACAACCAGGACAGUUCGGUGCACCGAUUCUUUGAAGGCCCAAUUAUGGACGCGCGGAGCGACGCAGCAGACGUCAAGAGGAUCUGA